UAGAGUAACAAAGCGAAAGUUGCAUUUCAUGGAAUAUUAAAACCAAUAGUCAUUUGAUGACUAUAUCACACCUCUGCUAGGAUUUAAAGGAGGAAAGUAAGUGGUUGUCUGUUCAAGUGAUUCAAGAAAAGUUUAAUAUUUAAGCAUUGUUUUUAAGCCUGUAAGAAAUGAAAAUGAACCGUUUGAGAGAGUCUGGCAGACUUGGUGGAUAUGAAAGGUCAAGGUCAAAUAAAUACCCCGGACGUCAAGGAUUCUCCAGAAACAAGGGUCGAUAUAAUCCAUAUGUUAAGAGAGACAGAGAGGAGGCUAGUUAUAAGGAUAUAUCACUCAGUUCAGUUCAUAGAAAUGAAUCCAGAUUUCAGAGAAAACAGAUAGUGGGAGCUGAUCGACCAAAUUCUGCCAAAUUUGAAUUCAGAGGCACAAGUGGACGAAUGCAACACAGGGAAGGAACAGGUGGUCGAAUGUCACAAGAGGGUAGCAUGACUGAUCAGGGGUCUUGUGAAGAUGAUUUUUUCUAUCAGAGGCAAGAACCCAGAGGUAAAACUAAGGUUGGAAAACAUGGGUUAGUCAGCAUGCACAGAAGAAACUUACAGGAAGAUGGUCCUUCAUAUUAUAGGCAUGAUUCAGAUCGUCAUAGUAACACUAAAAGUAUCAAGGCCGACAACAAAUGUGACAGAAUAUCAGAGUACAUUGGUCCUUUAUCUCACAGGCACAAAUUAGAACAUGAUAGAAAGGUAGAGUUAAAAGAAUAUAAAUCAAGAGACGAAGAUUCAAGGUGCAAUUUCGAAAACAAAGAUAAAGAAAUUAAGAAGACAAAUCGUUGGACAGUAACACCAUAUAAAAACAGUAGAAAAGAGAAUGACAACUUAGCGGCCAUGGUUUUUACUGUUUUGCUUGACAAUGCUGGAAAGCUAAAAAGAAAGGAGCUAGAAAAUAAGCUUGGCGCUGAACCUUUGACAAUGGACUUUGAGCCAAAGGAAUCAUUUCGGAAAUUUCUGAAUGUAUAUAAAGAUAUAUUUGAAAUUCAAGAGUCUCCAAGUGAUGAAAAGGAGGAAGGCGAAAUAUCAGAUCCGGAUGUAGUUACACGGUCAAAUAUUCAGAUUUGCAUUAAGCAUGCAAGUUCAUCUCAAUCUUGUAGAGGAGACUGCGACAAUCUGCAUGUCUGUAAAUUUCAUUUUAUAAGAGAAUGCAGUUUUGAAAAUUGCAAGUUCGGGCAUGAUCUGAGCACGGAUCACAAUUGCCAAGCACUGACCCAUCACUUUAUGCAACAUCUGAAUCCAGAGCAGGUAAAAGGUCUUCUUACCGACCUGAAUCAUAGAAAGGGAGUCACUAUUCCUUCAAUAUGCAGUUUCUAUAAUUAUAUCCAAGGUUGUAAAAAACCUAAAGAUUGUCCACAUCUUCAUGUCUGUUCGUUUAUUGCGGGAAGAUGUGCUUUUUACCCGAACUGCAAACGUUCUCAUAAUCUUGAAGACGAGCAACCAAAACAGGUUUUGAAGAAAUAUGGGAUAGAUAUCACGCCUGAAAAUAAGGACAUCGUCAUUGGUUUACUGAGCCGAGGUCUGGCCUCAAAGAGUCAAGGACAGGGUGAGAAUGGGUCUGCUUCGCCUAAUGGUUCUGAUGGGGAUGACACCAAAGACGAAAGAAAAUCGUCAGUCCUAGAGCCUCGAUCUGAACUUUGUGUAAAACUUCUUCGUUAUUGGAAUUCAGCACGUUUGGGAAGCACAGACUCAACGAAACCAUAAAUGUUACAUGGAUAACGUCGAGUGGAAAUAUUAUAAUGGUCAAGAUGAAUUGAACUUUACGUGCAGGAUAAUGGAUUCGAACAAUAAACCUUUUAGAAAUAUUAGUCACUGACUCUUUUCUUAAUGUUCAGACUUUAACUAGUGUUGAAUAUUUCUUCGACAUAUUUUUUUAAAAAUAUAAAUUUGAGUAUUUUUCCUUUUUUUGUCUCA